GCGAGGGAGUGGGCGGACAGCGAGUUACUAGUACUGUUUGUGGCAUGCAUCUGCCAUCAUAUUGCUGCUUCUCAAUCAUACAACGCACCACAGCGACUCGAGGUUGAAGGCGCAGACACGGCAGCAGUGCUCCUACGAAAUUAUGGACAGCCCGAAUCGGACGUGCACAAGGUUUUGGAUUGCUAUAGCAUUGCACACCACACCUGGCAUAGCAGAACGAAUU